GAAGGAGAGGGGCUGGGCAAGGGGCCCAGAGGGGCCUGUUGGGCUGACACACAUCGCGCUGCGUUCUGUCAUGUUGGCAAGAGAUGGUUUCACCUAGGCGUGCGUGUUUACGGUUGAGGCAGGCUGCAUAUGUCCCAGCAAAUACCUCGAAAAUGUCUUGAAAAUAACGCGUUGUUGUGUUUGUGCGGUGCUGUGUGUGUGUUAUUUUGGAUAUUAUGCGCUCAAGGUUUUCAAGUUAACAAAAUGGAUCAAGAAUUCUGCCUACGUUGGAACAAUCACCCAACAAAUCUGACAGAUGUGCUUAGUGACCUACUCCAAAGGGAAGCCUUAGUUGAUGUGACAUUAGCUUGUGAUGGAAAGACAUUCAAAGCGCAUCAGACAAUAUUGUCUGCAUGUAGUCCCUAUUUUGAAAACAUAUUCCUUCAAAAUAAAGUGCCACAUCCAAUUAUUUUCCUACGAGAUGUUGACUACAGAGAAAUGAAAGCCUUAUUACAUUUCAUGUACAAAGGUGAAGUGAAUGUUAGUCAGAAUUUGUUGCCAAUGUUUCUUAAGACUGCAGAAGCACUCCAAGUGCGAGGACUCACAGACAGUUACAAUGCAAGAAGGCCAGAAGAAUCAACAUCAAGAGGGACAAAUUCAAGGGGUAGCACACCUGUCAGAAGUGUAGAGGUUCGAAAUGACACUCCUCCCCCCGAGAAGACAAGAAAACGCAAGUUAUCAUCAAGUGGAGACCUCUCAAUCUCAGGAGCCGGCCCAAGUGAAAGGUUUCACUCAAAUGCUCAGCCUUCACCUCAAAUGAGCUUCAAGACUAGUCCAAGCCUUUUAUCUACUAGUGCUCCAGUUCUACCCAGUCCAACAGAAGUAGAUGAUGUGUUAGAUGUUUCUCCUCCACCUCAUCAAUCAGCAGCACCAAUUAAACAAGAAUUGGAUGACUUCCAUGGAAUGCCUUCGGUUGGCGCAGGAGCAUUAUUCAAUCCUGAUGACCUCAGCAAUAUGUCGCAACAUGGAUUAGACGCCAGUGAUGCAGAAGGAGGCGGCUCGGCAGCAGACAGCUUGGACGCGCUUGAUGGGUCUAAAGUGUGGCACAUGCGGCUGACCUUUGAGCGGAUCCAGGGGGUGGCCAACAACUUGCACCGCUGCCGACUGUGCGGCAAGGUGGUGACGCACGUCCGAAACCACUACCACGUGCACUUCCCCGGCCGCUUCGAGUGUCCCCUGUGCCACGCGACGUACACGCGCAGCGACAACUUGCGCACGCACUGCCGCUUCAAGCACCCGCUGUUCAACCCGGACCUCAGCAAGUUCGUCACGCGCCCGCCCACGGGCUCUCUGCCAUCCCCGUCCUCCGCCCCGGCCUCCGUGGGAGCCCAGGACCUCGCCACCACCUCGAGGGGCGGGGGCUGCUCCGGCGGUGGGGGCGGCUCCGCUGGCAGUGGCCGGUCCAGCAGCUUGCGCGACUGGGAACGCGACCUCAAGCACAUGGGGGACGGAGAGCGCGACAGGGUCGACAGGGACCGCGACCCCGAGGAUGCCAGUGACAAAUCCUCCUGAAGAUUAGCCAGAGCGGGAGGAGGAGAACAGGCCCCGGACCUGGGCCUGGGCUUCUACUCUCGCUCUGUGUACGAAGCCUUUGGGCCAAUGGCCGGCAUGGGAAUGGGCAUGGGCUUCGGUGGGCUGCUCCAUCCGUGGAGGGCCUGGUGGGACGCAAGGCAAAUGGACUUCCACGCAGCCUCGACCCACCUCGGCCACCUCCCCGGGCCCGGCGCCCCUCCCUAAGUGCUCUUCUCUACCCCCUGGUGCAUGGUGUAGCGUGGCGUAGCGUGGCGUAGCGUGGUGCCUCGAUUGGGUUGCAACGGAGGCUGGGAGCCUCUUGCUGAAAGGAAGUGAUUGGUAUAUGAGAAGAGGGCGCCCGUGGUUUGUUGCAACUUGAAUGAGGAAACUGUCCCAUUCUGUUCUGAAUGCUGAUGUUGAAAUCGUUGUGGUCUUCUAGUUCUGUUUCUUCUCCUCUGAAUUUUUUCGAUGCAGCAUUUUGUGAUGGUAUGUAGCAUCACCUCUUCAAGAAUGUUCUCAUGGAUGUGAUGAUGCUAUUUUGUGUGUCAAAAAUAAGUGAGGGUUGGAAAUGGUUAACAAUCACCGCGUUAAUAUUAGGAUUACAGUUUAUGUAUCUCAGACCUUGUGUUUCAAGAACCUAACAUCUAUGCCUACAGUUUCCACAUGAAGGCUAAUAUUUGUUUUUCAUUAUUCUAGAAAUGUCUCAAGUACUUCAAAAAUUCAAAUUCAACAUCAAACACAUUUUCUUUGUCAUGUUUGCAUUAAUCUCUGAAUUUGAAAUGCCACUCUUCUUGUUAAUCCUUUAACGAACUUUUUCUAGUCUGAAAAAAAGAAUUAACAUAUUAUGUAAAGAAUCUAUAUUUGUUACAUAGUUUUCUCAUUUUUUUUUCCUUUUCAUUUCUUAACAGCCUUCUGGCUCCUUAGUUUUUCUUCUAUCUCUGUACCACACACAAUAUUGUGUGUAAUACAUCGUACUUCAUUAAUGGGUGCAUUGCACCUUUAAUGUGCUCAGUAUGACAAGCGCAACACUUAUGCAAAUCUCAAUUUUUGUUUCUUUUUGACAUUUUGAGUCAAAUUUGGUUUAAGAAAGAGCGAUGGUCGUUCCAUUUGAAAUAAACAAUUUUUAUAUAGAUAAAUAUGGAUAUAUUAUAUAGACACACAAUAUAUAUACAAAUAUAUAUAAAGUUAUAUUUUUAUUUUCGUUAUUUCCAUUGAAAAAGUGUUUGUUGAUUUGUGCUCUUCUUACUUGCUAUAUAAUAAGAUGUUGUGUAUGAUUGUUACUCUGUAUGUUUAAAUGUAUGCUGUGAUUCAUUUAUAUGUGUAUAGACCUAAUGUCUUGCAAAUUAAUCAAAUUGUGUACCUUUUUCUAUUAAACUCUUGUGCUAUGUGCACUCAAGUCUAUGUGUGUACUUAUCUGUAAUGUGGUUUUGUUAGUUAAAGCUUAAAGUGAAUUUAACUGUCAUUAUACAAUACUCAUUUCUGGCCAAAUCAUGAUAUUUAAAUAUCUUAUAUCUUUUGAGGAUGGUAACUGUCUACGCACAGCUCAAGUUAAGGCCCUGUAUAUACGCACUCAAAAUGGAUGUGUAAUACACAUGCAUUAAUAUUGCUUGUACCAAUUUUGAAUUCUGUGAAGAUGAGCUCAAAUGAUGCAAGUUUCAGUGGAUAAGUUAGUCUGACCAUCCCAUUUUUGUGACCUUGUCAUAGUUGGGUAGGUUUGUGUUUGUAGUCUAAGCCAUGCCAAUGACCAAAGUUCUUGCCUUAGUCCAGAGAAGUUCUGCGCAAUGAAACCAUUAAAUUGGCACUGGACAAGGAUGUGUGUAUGUGUGUGUGUGGGGGGGGUACCUUUUUAUACAAAAAUAAAAACAUGUGCAUACUCACAUAUGCAGUGGGCCUCAAUUGGAAGUAGUGUGACUAAUGUACAAGUUUCUUUCAGCUUUGUUCGUAAACUUCAGAGACUGGAUACUUGUGCUGUUUCCUUGUGAUAAAGGUGCUGUUAGAAGCUGUGUACUUAACUGUAGGUCCUUUGCCAGUAGUUGUCGCAAAUCUGAAACAAAGAUUUGAUACCUUUACUCUUUUGUGCUCAGUAUCACAUAGUGCAGUCAGCCCCUCAGUCAAUAUUGUGUAUUGUAGUCGGCUUGGAUGGAUUUGCUUGCGCAUAUGUAUAUGUGUAGAUUGGAUAUCUGUGUUUUGAUUGGCUGUGACAGUACACAGAACGAAAAAUGCUCUUUAUGUAUAUAUGUGAGUAGCUAUUUCAACAAAUUCAAGUUUUAAUGGCUAGUGAGGAGUUUGCAGACGUUGUCACUUUGCAACAAUGUUUUCAGAGACCCAUUUUGAUGUGGAUAUUAAUAUCCAUACCAACAUUCAUAAUCUCGUUUUACAACAUUUUCUGUUUGUCUACCUACUUAUGAUGAAGUUUUAUUUUCAUUUUUGGCUGGUAUAAAAUUUUUCUCAAAAGCAGUAGAACAGAUCUCUCAACUGAAUGUAAUGGCAGGCUGUUUCUUGAAUAGUCGCAAGUAUGCUUGUCUAACUUAAUAUAAGGUUGUGGUUCUGUUUUAAUUAUCCUGAAACAAAAUUGGACUCCAAUGGACUUUUCAGCAUUGAAUGGUCUGAUGUAUCUCUAAUUGAGCUGUGCUUCAGUUAUUUAAGAUUUUGUGGAUAUUAACAUGUGUGGUUCAAAUAUCUCCAAUUAACUGAGAAAAUAGUGCAUUGGAGCGCCUUGCAACAUUAGAUUACUUAUCAAGAAAUUGGUCACAAUAACGAAUCUCUUUAAGGACUGCUUUUUGAGGCAGUCCCAAUAAAUGACUAAGUCUGGCUUACAUCUUAAUUUUUUUUGUGAUUGUUUAUGUGUUGCAACCACCUUAAUGUAUUGCCUGUUGGCUAGAAAACUGCAAAGGACUGAAAGAGACAUCAUACAUAGGUAUGCAUUGGAGAAUUUUGAUCAACUACUUUAGGCUCAACUAUACACUGAGCUAUAUGCUUUUAUUAUCAGCUGGUUGAGGUUGAAUGCCAGUGCUAUAUCCCACAUUUUGUACUGUUUGCACCAUUCACUGUACUUACAUUUUUUACAUUACUACUUGUACAUAAUUUCAAGGCUGGUAUCAAUUAGUAAAGUAAGGUUCUCUGCAUGAGAAACAUCAUUUGUUGUCUUCUAAAAAUAUUCAAAUUAUGCCCAACAAGAACAAGGAUUGCCAUUGUGUGGUAAUAGCACUGCAAUCAACAGUAUGAAUCAAAUAAUUUUUACUUAAAUGUAUAGGAACCAUUAAGAACCAUGUCAGAAGCACAUGCUAAAUGUAUGGAUCCAUUUGCACCCAGCUUACUAAAUUGUAUUGUUUGAUUGGAUUUAAUUUUCUGUGUUGGUAGAUUUUAGAUCUGCAUGUACGUCCUUUAGGGACAGCUCAGAAUAAUGUUCUUUGCACCUGAUUUUCUUGAUGCAUACGUAUCUCAUUUUGCCCAUUCAUUUUGAUGCCAUUCAGUUGCCACACUUGCAACAAACAAACAUUGGACGGAAUUUUACAAAACGAAUAGUUGUUUUCUACUUUAGGGACCAGAAUCUGUCUUUUAGCCAUGUGAAUAAUGUUCGAAGUAGCUAUUUAUAUUAGUUGGUCUCCCUUCUCUCAGUUUGAAAAUUCUAAAUUCUGGUCAAUGGUGAAUUUUCCUUUGAUUUUUUCUUCUUCGUUAUACUUCUUGGAGUCCCUGGUCGCGUAUGGUAUUCCAUCAUUUUGCAGUGUUUCAUAGCUCUCUUUUUGUGGUUUUCAAGAGUUGUAAUAAUGUACAUGCCAAUAGCAUUUAACCGAUUUUUAAGACUGUGGAAUGACUACCUUUUUGUGUUUAUUGUUUGUGAAAUUCUUAUUGUUUGUUUCGACAGUUGGUGCUCAUUAUGUAAGGACCCAUGUCAAGUGUGCAGUAACAAGGGUAUUAUUUUUAAAGGACUGAUUUCCAUCUUGUAAUUUCAAUUUUAAGAAGUGGUGUGAAUCAUUUUUAUCGGAAAAAUCUGUUUAGUUUGAGUGUGAGUAUUUUCCUGUUCAAUAACAUUUUGGUUUAUUGCGGAUUUAGUGAAUGUUACGAGUUUUAGGCUGUGUCGAUCAACACUGGAAUUAUUCUCUUGUGGAGUGUUGGGAUCUACAUUUUGCUACCAUUGGUUCACUUUCCCCGUUUCUCUUCUGUUAUGUGUGCAGGUUCAUAACUUACAACAUCUAUAUCUAUAUCCACAUAACAUUAAAAUAUUUUCUAGGAAGACUCUUUUGUCUUUCACGCCAAAACUUAAUACUUAUCAUUGUGAUUUUGAAAUGUAUGUUAAGGAAUCUGUGUCUUUUGCUAUAAAACUAAAAACAAACAAAAUGAAUUCUUUGGCUUAAGAUGUCAUUUUAUAUUUAAUAUUUAGCAAGAUAUUUUGGGAAGAAGGAAAUAGAUCAAAAAGCGAAUCAAUCAGUGUAGUAAGCACCCAAUAGGUUUAAGCGAACAAAUUAAAAGCGGUCACCUACUGUUGCUGCAAGUGCUCUCUGUUGCUUUUCAAUUGAAAUGUCCCUUGAAGGGCACUUGCCAGCACAAAAUAGUCAGUGUAUCAUAUGCCAUAAAAAGUAGCAAAUUGGCUCUUUGAUAAUUGUAGGCUACUGAAAUAUCUCUCUAAUAUGCCCAUAUUGUGUAGCACUCUGGUCAUGAGUCCUAUACACUGAAAUGAAAAGCGUGUAAGCUUUCUCUCCCUGUUAACAAACAACAGAACCAUGUUAACAUAUGGCUUUGACCUUGACAGUUUAGAAUUUAUUCUUUUGAUUGAUAAGUACUUCUAAAAUUUGUACAUGUAACCGCAGGCUCACCAUUCAGAAAGGUGAUGGGGUUGCUAAACAUGUAGUUUCACUCACAUAUUUCUGUGCAUAUGCCCAUUGUGGGAAAAGAAAGGCAGGAAGAUUACACGCUUCUUUUUCAAGGUAUAAAAUGUUUUCACUGUGUGUGAUUAUUUUCUCUUAACACUGUGAAAGAUGGAACUCAUUAUAAUUUAGGUAUGGUCCAAAUGAUGAGAACUCCUUGCUCACUUGCACUAGUAACUUCCAUGGAUUAGCUGUUUGUCAUAUAGUAUUUAUUUGUAUGGGAAUUCCACUCAGUUUAGGAAGUGAUGGAAAUGUGAGUAUGUGAAAGGAUGGCUACGAUUAAUUAUCGUCCACUAAAAAUGUGAUUUUAUUCUAUAGAUGAUAUCAGUUAUUAUUGAACUACCAUAAGUUACCAAGUAUCAAAAACAUUAAUAAUAAUAAUGCCUUUAUGUUUCUUAUGUGUUGUAAUUAACUUUUUUUUUCUUUAAUGCAAAGGGGAAGAUUCUUUUCUUUUUUUUAAUUUAGUGAAAGCUAUGUUGAUAUCCGUCCAGCUGGUCUAGAUUGUGAGGAUUUUUUUAACUGUACAAUUAAAAUGGUAUUAGGAUGCAAAGUGUUGCUGGGCAAGUUGCCCUAAGGUCCACACUUUUAUAUGUAAAAUAUAUUUAUUUUUAACGAACCUGGUAAAUGUUUUAUUGAGAGGGGUAGAUUGAGUGUAAUAUACGUUGUACAUACUGUCAAUACAUCUUUGAAAAGCGUAUAACUUUGUUAGUUUUGUAAUGUAUUAAGUAGAUAAUAAGCCAUCAUAAAAAGGGAGAAAGGUGAAACAUUUAGUUAUUCUUAAAGCUGAGCAGGUGGAUUUUUCUUCUUUUGCUAAUUUUUUUCUCUUCUGUUUGAAUAUUGCAAUUGAACAACUAUUUCAAGACAGCUCUUGUUGACUUACUCAUGGCAGUGCAAUGAAAGUGAGCUUAUUAAUUUAGUCAGUAAAUCAACAUCUUGGACCGAUGUGAUUAACACAUGUGUUACUUACUCACACAUUGACUUGAAACACUUUUUGAGAUAACCAUAUUUCAUUGACUCAGUUUCAGGUUCUUGCCUUAGUUCUGUUUUGUAUGUGCAAUAAGGAAUAGUGGAAUGCUUUUAUACUUGUGUGUGAUAAGGAGUUAAGGACAACUUGUGCCAAAUAUGCCAAAUUUGAUAGAAUUAAAAAAAAUUGAACAGGGUCUAAAGAAACAUUUUGUCUUUUCUGUUGAUUUUAUUUUUCAAUGUGAUGUCAAUGUGUUCAGUUUUACUCAAUGCUGGCAGAGCCUGCUCAUUUUUCUUUCCCUUCACUGGAAUCUAUCCGAUCAGUAACAGUGCAAGUCAGGCAUAUUUUUGUUCGUAAGUUGUUAAGGAUUGGAACGUUGCUGUGUCAAAUCAUGUGUUAUCUUUAGAAGUAGACUACAGACAUUCCUGGAGGCAACAUAGGCUUGUCUCUUCUAUGACAUAUUUGUACAGUUUGUGGUACCUGGAUGUGGAAUACUAUCUAAGUCAGCUGUGGAACCAAACAAACUUUCACAUUGUUCACAUUGAUUAUGUAUUAUUUCUGAGCUUACUAAUAAAACACAUAAAAUCAUU